AUGUCCACCACACUGAGCGCACAGCAGAGGUUUGACCUCAUCACUCGGGGGCUAGAAGAGGUCCACGAUGGGGACUUGAUUAAGGCCAUCUUAGCCGAGGGCAAAAACCCGAAAGCCAUGUGGGCAACGGCACCUACGGGCAGACCACACAUAGGAUAUCUCGUCCCGUUCGUAAAGCUUGCGGAUUUCGUACACGCAGGAUUAGAGGUCUCUGUCGAUUUAGGUGAUAUUUAUGCAUUCUGCGUCAACUACAAGCAUUCACUCGAAGUUGUAAGCUACCGCACGAAAUACUAUCAAUUCGUCAUGAAGGCAACCUUGGAAGCGAUCGGUGUCCCAGCUAUAAGGGUAAACUGGAUAAUUGAAUCUUCCCAUCACCUGCGGACAAAACAGUACUUCCUCGACCAGAUGAGGAUCUGCGCGCUCGCUACCCAGAGUGAUUCCCGAGAGACCGGAGAGGAGCUUUGCAACGCCACCAUGCUUAGCCCGCUGCUGUGUCCCGGCUUCCAGGCGCUGGACGAGGAGUAUCUCGGCGUUGAUUUUCAGUUUGGGGGCGCAGACCAGCGCGGACUCUUCGCUUUCGCCGAAAGAUUUCUUCCUAAGCUUGGAUAUAAGAAGCGCGCGCACCUAAUGAACUCAAUGCUCCCCGGGCUCACAAACGGUAAAAUGUCGGCCUCCAUACCGAGCUCCAAAAUUGAUUGCCUCGACACCCCGGAUGUUGUCAUCAAGAAGAUCUCAAACGUGGAAUGCGACGAUGGCGAGAUUGCCAAAAAUGGUAUACUGGGCCUCCUCAAGAUGGUCUUGAUGCCCAUCAGCAGGAUUCGGCUUGAAAUGCAAGGUAAGGGGGAGGGUGAGGUGAUUGCUGAUCGACACCCAUUCAGCAGUGAAGAUGCACCAGAAGGGACUUUGUUCACUAUCGAUAUCAAGGCCGACGCAAAGGACGGAGUUGUACACAAACACUACCGAUCAUACGAAGAGUUGGAGCAAGACUACAAGGAGAAGAAACUGAGCCUCCAAGAGCUGAAGGAUCCUGUCGCUAAGGCUAUCAACCAGCUACUGGCCCUGAUCCGCGAGUCAUAUGAAUCAAAUGAGGAGUGGCGAGCAGUAGAGAAGCUAGCCUAUCCUGAGCCGGAAGAAUCCUCCCCCAGCACCGUAGUACCCUACGACGUCAACUUUUGCUAUCCGGUCCGGGACCUCUCCAAUGACCGCAUCAAAUUAACCCCCUUCAUUCCCUCCGUUCACUCUUCUUCCUUUUUUAACCACACAAAUCCCCACCCCGAGGUCUACGCGCACAUGCCGCUUGGUCCCUUCACCUCUCCCGCCGACUUCACCGUUAACUUCUUCGACGUCGUCGUCCGCCCCAACCCCACCAUGACAUUCUACGCCGUCAUCGACAAAACCCGUCCUCCCGCCGAAGACACCGAGGGUGCCCUCGCCGGCAUUCUCGCUUACAUGAACACCUCAACCGUCAACCAGUCCACAGAGAUUGGCUUCGUAAUCACGUUCCCACCCUUCCAGCGAACGCACGUCACCUCCAACGCGGUUGGGCUGCUGCUUCAAUAUGCGCUAGACCCGCCUGCGAAGGGGGGGCUAGGGCUACGGAGGGUGCAGUGGCAGACGAGUAGUGCGAAUGGGACCUCGAUGCGCGCGGCGGAGAGGAUGGGAUUUAGGAAGGAGGGGGUGCUGAGAUGGGAUAGGGUGUUCUAUGGCGGAGGGAGCAAGGGAAAGCAGGGGAAUGGAAAACAGGUGCCGAAAGGAGAUGGGGAGGAUUUGGGGAGGGACACGGUAGUGUAUAGUAUUUGUUGGGAUGAUUGGGAGGAGGGUGGUAGGGAGAAGAUGGUUGGGAUUAUGGAGAGACGGUAA